GUUUCUCUGGCAUUCCAUGUGUUUUUCCCCUACACUUUUUUCCCCAACAAAUUAACUUGUUACCUUUCAUGAAAAAUGCCAUCUUUUUACAGUUUUAUAAGAGCAGAGCUUUAUAGAGGAUAUCAGUUAGAACAUGACGAAGAGCGGUAUGUUGCUCGUCGAGAGAAAGUGUACCUUUUCAUGAAAAUACCGCGAGAGGUGGAAAAGUUUAUGUCCUACGGUUUCUUUCAAUGUACAGAUGCGUUUCUGUUUCUAUUUACUUUUCUACCACUCAGAUUUGUGCUUGCCUUGUGGGGCAUGACAACGCGUCCACUACUGCAUUUUUUCUGUUUUAACAGAGUCAAUUACAAACGCAUCUUACAGCCCUCUGAAAUAGUUGAUAUUUUGAAAGGAACUAUUAUCAUAAUUUGCUGUGUCAUCCUCUCACAUGUUGAUAUGGCCAUGAUGUAUCAUUUAAUCAAAAGUCAGUCAGUCAUAAAGUUAUAUAUAUUCUACAACAUGCUUGAGACUGGGGACAGAUUAUUUUCUGUGUUUGGACAAGAUAUUGUUGAUGCUCUUUUUUGGACAGCAACAGAAAGCAAAGGGAGGAAAAGAGAACACUUGGGUGUUAUUCCUCAUUUCAUGAUGGCUGUUAUUUAUGUCUUGUUGCAUACAGUUUUGGUACUUCUUCAAGCAACCACACUCAAUGUGGCAAUUAAUUCAAGUAACAAAGCCUUGCUAACUAUCAUGAUGUCCAACAAUUUUGUUGAACUAAAAAGCAGUGUAUUCAAGAAAUUUGACAAAAAUAACUUGUUCCAGUUAUCUUGCUCUGACGUACGAGAACGCUUUCAUCUCAGCAUCCUUCUACUGGUUGUAGUAAUACAAACAAUGCGAGAGUACAUGUGGAAAGAAGAACGAUUUUGGGUGUUGAUUCCUGAUUGCCUAAUGGUUAUCCUAGCUGAGGUAAUUGUCGACUGGGUGAAACACGCAUUUAUCACUCGCUUCAACGAUAUUCCAUCACACAUCUAUCAAGAGUUUACACUCAGUCUUGCAUAUGACCUCGCGGCAACAAAGCAGAAACAUGCAUUUACCGAUCACUCCGACUUGGUCGCUCGUCGGAUGGGUUUCAUACCCUUACCACUGGGUGUUUUAGCUAUUCGCAUUGUGAGUCAAGCCGUGCAGAUAACCGAUUGCGGGGACGCUUUCAUCCUUUUUCUUGCAUUUCUUUGCCUGGGUUCUUUCCGAAUCCUUAGCAAUAUUAUCACUCUCGGCAAAGCAUGCGACCUUAUUGAUAGUCAUCAAAAGCAACGCGCCAGUGCAGCUGCAGCUACAGGUUUGGGAUCUAUAGUUGCGGCGUCAACUUCAGGAAGUGCAUCCCCCAGAGCAUCUCGACCUGAAAAAAGAUCUAAUGCAACUGAAGAUCGCGAUAUUGUACCAAAAAAUGAAUCCUUUCCAGAACCCGUUGGCUUGUUCACUCGCUCCAUGAGCAUCGAUGAGUCACAACUGACUCAGCUCAAUUCUGCUCCAAAUCCAGCGGAUGCCGAUAUUUUGGCUUUCCCCGUCAAAUUUCGAAGUGCAUCUCAUUCACCACCCCGACGCUCGGUCAUUCAACGCAGGGGUUCUAGAAGGAUGCGAAUGGGAACACCACCUCAGAUUCCUCCUCUCAUACCGGAACUCGGUCAACCCAUAUUUUCCAACAGUACAGUAAGCUUAACUAGUAUUUGUCUGAAUGAAGAGAUAUUUGACGAAGACGAACAGACUCUCACGGAAAGUAACACGAAAUAGCAAGAAAAAAAAAACAAAAGUUACGACAAACCAUCGGUCCCACACCAUGAAAAACGUAAUCCUAACUGAUAUUUAAAAAAUAAAAAGUGAUACAAUGGAACAGAA